AAAAAAAGGAACAAAAAGCAACCUUUUUUUUUAUUUCUAGAACAUUAUUUAUAAUGGAUACAUCAUCAUUAGUUUAUUUUGAUCAACAAGUGGCAGGUCAUGAUCGAUUACUUUUGAUGCCAACAAAUGAUUUAAUGGUCAUCAAACCUUGUAAACAACGCGAACUUGAUUUUUAUCAGGAUGCAACCCAAUAUCCUGACUUUCAGGAUUUCAUUCCUGAAUGUUAUGGUACAUUGCGUGCUGCUACUGAAAAGGAUUUAACAUUGUUAGAUAAUCCUGAAAUAGAAAAGAAUGAAACAAUUAAAAUCGACAUAAAUCAAAACGAAGAUCAAAACCUUUGCAUAGAGAAUCUUUUACACGGAUUUACCAGACCUUGUAUUUUAGAUUUAAAGAUGGGGUCUUUAUUAUAUGACAAUGAUGCAACAGAAGAAAAACGCAAACGGAUGAUAUAUCAGGCCGAAAAUACAACGUCAGGCUCGUUAGGAUUACGGAUAAGCGGUAUGAAGGUUUACGAUUCGAUUGAAAGAAAAUAUGCAACUUACCAAAAAAUCUAUGGCCGGUCUCGUACAGCAGAAAAUACGACAGAAGCCAUACUAGCAUAUUUAUUCCCUACUUCUACAUAUGGAAAAGAUACUGAAGAGUACAGAACUUAUAUCGAUGAAACUGACAGCGAAAUGAGGAUCAAAAGAGAGAAGAUACCAGCUAAAUAUUCAAAAUGGAUUAUUGAAUGUUUCAUAGAUGAGAUCGUGCAGCAGCAGACAAAACUUGGAAAUAUAUGUUAGAGGAAGAUAAUAAUGAUGGUAAAAAAAGAGAAACAGGGGAAGAAGAAGAAGGAGAAGAAGAAGAGUUACCACCUAAAAUGUGUGAUUUAAGAUUAAUUGAUUUUGCACACUCUGAUUGGCAUGCAGACGAUAGAG